CGGUUGUUGCUGGACGAAGCGGGACACUUAGCCACUGCUCUCAAGUUUAGACGUUUUGCUGUAGUGGCUUGCCUUGCCUUGGCUUAGCUUAGCUGAAUAGAAGGAGAGCGCGUUUUUUUUUUUCUCGAUGAGAUUGUGAGUGCGGGGCGAGAGUGCAUCUGAUUUUCGCGGUUUGGUGCGCGGUUUGAUACAACCUAAGAAGAAGAAGUGCAGUGACAGGGAAGAAUAUACGGUUAUCUUCGACUUAUUUUCCUGCUGAGUGCAUCCGGACCGUGAAAGAAAAUAUUUUAAAGUGUACUGCGGUUGUCGUGAACUUGAACUACUCAAAACUGUAACGAUUUCGGUAGCACAUGGUGGUAGGACCUGCUUGAGGUUGGGAAGGGUUUGAGGAAGCUGUAUACAGAAAUCAAAAACGAAACCAAUCCAUAUUCACUCAAUAAGUGUAACACAAAACUAUGAUAUAAAGGUCCCGGCUGAAAUUUGUCUGGCAGUUGAUAGGGUAUGAUGAUGGUGAUGAGCUGCUCUGCGAAGCAUUGAUUGAAACAGACCCAACGGUGACUAAUAUCUUCCAAUCGAAUGUGCAAAUAUCUCACGGAGAAGUGUUCCGAAAGUUGAAGAAAAGAAAACGAGUGAAUACCUAGUUAUUAUUCCGCGGCGGUUUGUCGUACUAUUAACCCGAGUGAGUGAGUAAUAGCCGAUUGAAAUCGUUGAUUUGUGAUUUGUGUGCUUCUCAGCAAGUGUGAAUCAAAAAGCCUUCAAAAUUGCCCCGAAAACAUCGUUCCGAAUGCAUUUGCCCAGCGGUGGACCCACGGCAAUUAUUCCACCGAUCAGUAACAACGAAGCCAACGUGACGCCGACGGCUUCCACCGAGUGGGACAUCUACAAGGACGAAGAAAUGCUGGAACCGCCGGCUGGGGCCAACAACAAUGCUGAGAAUAGUUCACCAAGUCCCGGGGGAUCCGGUGACCUUUGGUGGAUCGAACGGAUGGUCAUGGAAGCGCAACAAGAGUACCCGGGGGAAUUGGUGCGAACCGGUAGUCCGUAUUUUCUCUGCUCCGCCCUGCCCAACCACUGGCGAUCCAACAAGACGCUACCGAGCGCCUUUAAGGUGGUCUCCCUGGGCGAUGUCUGCGACGGGACGAUGGUAACCAUCCGUGCCGGCAAUGACGAAAACUUCUGCGGUGAACUGCGGAAUUGCACAGCUGUGAUGAGGAACCAAGUGGCGAAAUUCAACGAUCUCAGAUUCGUGGGCCGCAGCGGGCGAGGGAAAAGUUUCACGCUUUCAAUCACAGUCUCAACCACCCCACCACAAGUGACAACCUACACCAAAGCCAUCAAGGUGACCGUUGAUGGACCACGAGAGCCCCGUUCAAAAACCAAUACUCCUCAACUGCGACCUCCACCUUUGCAUCGGUUUCUGGAACAGCCGGCAUUCAGCCACUUUCCGGCUCGGUUCAACUCCAGUGCCAACAAGUCCUCCAUCAAUACCUACAGUACAAGUGCAAGCCAUCAUCACAAUAGCAACAGUGGCAGCUCCAGUCUGAACACCAGUGUCGAGUCAUCCAGUGAUUACAAACCGAACCUUACCCUUCCAGAUUACAGCAACGCAACCGAUUGGCCAAAUGGACUCAAUUCUUCAUCAACGUCGGCCUAUGUUAGCAACUACUCACCACUUCAAACGACACCUCCUUCCUACGGUGGCUACGACCCAUGUCCAAUGGCAGAACAUCCCAAUUAUAAUCUUCCUGCAGUUCUUCCAGAUACCGCACAAACAUACCAGGACUAUUAUAGCAUUCCACCGGCGUCCGGGUCCACUCCGCACCAAGCCAUGUCCCAUGGUUACGUAUCGAAAACGACUGAUCUGGAUACGUCCUACAACCCGUACAGCCAGUGGGCCAACGGAUAUGGAAGCUACCAGUACAACGCACCCUGCCCUCCUCCUUUGCCACCGCCUCAACCGCAGUAUCCUUCCACUGCACCCGCCAUGGUUCUUUGUCCGCAAAUGUUUAGCACCGUGAAUCAGAAUCAAAUCCACGUGCACCUACACGGGACCGGCAGUGAAAAGCUGGAGCAAUAUCUGGGAUCCGAGAACGGAUUUAGCAUCAACUCGAUCUCCUCCGGUGGCAUAAGACCGUCGGCAGUACCAGGGAUUGAAAUUGGCAUAGCAACUCACGACAGCAGUUUAGUCAGUAACGAUGGCAGCCAUCAAGCGCAGCAGCAACCACAACAGCAGGAGCAGCAGCAUUCAGCAGUGGAAGUCAGCGAACAGCAGGACAGCCGAGAAGAGGCUGUGACUGGCGAUCCUAGUAGUGUUUGGCGACCCUACUGAUGCUACGAGUUUUAAAAGUGCGUCGGAUUAUCCGAUGAUGCUUUGACGGAAUCUACUAGAUGCAGAACAGAGGCACAAUGACCAACCAAUCGCUCAAAUGUUUUCGAUUGUAUAAAUCGUACUCUCCAUAUCUUAUAGUAGUUAAUUUAGAUUAAUUGACGUUUAGUGUAAAGAGAAUUACAAAAUUGCUAGUAGAAAAAUGAUUAUACAAAUGGUAGAUUAUGUUAUUUGUCGGGGAAGAUACGUUCGACGCAAAUAGGAACUUGAAAACUUUUUUCGUAAGAGUCGGAAUAAAUUAUUGCAACACUUUGGUUUCCUCAAUGUUUAAUGGAAAUUGAAAAAUAA